CUAAGAAUUCCUUUCUUUCUCCUUGCUUCGUUUCUGUUCUGCAGCCAUGUGAAGUCAUUGAAUAUGUGCGCAGACACAGCCCUUGUUGGCAGGAAAAACCGGAAUGCCCAGUAUAUCCAACGGAACUAGUGUUUGCUUUGGACAUAUCCCAGGAUGUCACAUCCCAGUUAUUUGAAAGAAUGAGAGAGAUUGUAAUAUCAGUAGUGAAUGCCACCAAAAUUAGAGACAGCAACUGCCCAGUGGGAGCUAGAGUCGCUGUUGUGUCCUACAAUUCCAACACUCAUUAUCUGAUCCGCUUCUCCGAGUUCUACAGCAAGAAUCAGCUCCUCAAAAAACUUAAUAAUCUGGCUUAUGAGAGAUCCUCAAGCAAACGGGAUAUUGUGAGAGCAAUGGGAUUUGUUGCCAGGAAUGUUUUCAAGCGAACUCGCCAAGGUCCUAAUGUGAGAAAAGUAGCAGUGUUUUUCAGCAAUGGGCCGUCUGCAGAUGAAUUUUCUAUUAACACAGCAGUUCUGGAGUACACUGCAUUUGAUAUUGUUCCAGUAGUUAUCGCUUUUAAUGAUGUUCCCCUCAUCAGUCGUGCUUUUGCGAUGGACGAUACUGGAUUCUUCCAGGUAAUAAAUAUUAAUCAAGAGGAUGACUAUGAGCCAUUCUUGGAAACAUUUCGGCGCUGUACUCUUUGUUAUGACAAAUGUAAACCAGAUGAGUUUUGUGAACGCCGCAGAUUCCGAUCACCACCGACAUAUGUGGAUGCUGCUUUCAUUUUGGAUAGCUCACAGAAAAUGAGUAGUGCCGAAUUUGAGAACGUGAAAAACUUCUUGAGCAGAGUACUUGAUAACUUUGACAUUUCCUCUGAGCCAGAGACUUCUUCCACAGGUGAUAGGGUGGCUGUGGUAAGCCAUGCUCCACCAGGUUUCAAACCCCGAAUGGGGCGGAACCCUGUAAAGAAAGAAUUUGACUUUGUCACCUACAAGAAGAGACAGUUAAUGAAAAGACAUAUCCAAGAAUCUGUUCAACAGCUGAAUGGAGCAGCUGCUCUUGGCCAUGCCAUACAGUGGACAAUUGAUAAUGUUUUCUUAACUGCACCCCACUCCAGACAACACAAGGCUAUUAUUGUUAUAUCUGCUGGAGAAACAAGUCAGUGGGACAAAGACAUAUUAAAGAAGGCAUCUCUGAGAGCCAAGUGCCAAGGAUAUGCUCUGUUUGUAAUUUCAUUAGGACAUGUAUAUAACGACAAGGAAUUGGAAGAGAUGGCUAGUAUUCCCAUGGAACAUCAUUUGAUUCAGCUGGGCAGAGUUCAUAAGCCUGAACUUGAAUAUGUAGUGAGGUUUAUGAAACCAUUUGUGCAUCUCCUCAGGCGUGCAAGCAACAAAUAUCCACCAGUAGAGCUCAAGAGAAUUUGUACCAGAGCUCGCUCUCAGAAAGACCAACAUGUUGCUAUCCUAGAUGAGGAUUGGUCAGGAGGUGAUGCCAUAGCUGAUGCUGAAUAUGCUGUUUCUGGGCAUGCAACACUAAUGUUCCAGGAUGACAUAAGCGAUGGUCCUCUAAACACCAACAGUUUUGCCAGCAAUACACAUCAAUCCUUGGUAACUACCGACAUAAUGGAGAAUGCUGCCAAAACACACGGAAGGGAAGAUAACAUGGCUGGAACCAAAGCGUUUUAAACAAUGAAAUGGUUAAAUAUGGCAUUGGGCUGAAGAAACUAACUAUGCUGCAUGGUUCUGACCUAUAAAAAUUCCCGUCUCUGCCUCCUACAAUGGUUUAUUGGUGGAAAUCAUGGAAGAAAUGUGGACAUGAUCUGUGAGAUACAGAAUAAUUUUAUUCCUUUAAGAAAUGGACAAGACUGUAUUUUACAAAAACUUGAAUAUCUCUAUCCCUAUGCACGUAGGGUCUGCUCCUGUAUAGUACUGAAUGUGGGAGGUGAGGACUUCAGAGGGAGGUGAGGACACUUGGAAAUUAACAGGGUCAGGCCCUUAAGGAACUGUCUAGUCUCCAGGUCAGUUGUGCUUUGUUGGAGUUGACUGGCAAGAACUGAGGCAUGAAUGUGUGUGUAACACUCUCCUCUUUCAAUGAGUAAACUGCAGUGCAAAUUCUUUUCAGUGAAACUUUACUUUCCAUAGUCCUUCUACAGGUGUAAGUUGCAUUGUGUAAAGAUAGGAAGAAGGCUUAUUAGUCACUGCUGUGCUUUUCCAGGUAGAGUAACUAUGCAAUUGGUGACUGAAUUACUUCUUUUAGACCAAGGAGAACUCUAAAAGAACAGCGUGUCUUUAACAUGGAGCAUCUCGUCUGCCUUAAAACAAAACAAAACA